AUGAAGAUAGGACGGAAUAGAGUCACAGGCAUGGACUGGAGCUUGGCAGCUUGGAAGUCACAAGAUGAUCCUUCUAGAGGUAACAUUACAGGUAUCCUUGUUCCUUAUGGAUAUCCUGAGUUAGUAGAGCUGGAAGAUUCGAAAGUGAAGCAUCGAUCUGGGCCAUGGAAUGGUCUGGGGUUCAGUGGUACGCCUCCAUUAAAACCAAAUCCAAUAUACACAUAUGAAUUUGUUUUUAAUGAGAAGGAGAUAUUUUACAGAGAACAGCUUGUUAAUAGCUCAAUGCAUUGGAGGAUCGUCUUGGCUCAGAAUGGUGAUAUCCAACAACUUUUGUGGAUUGAGAAAACCCAGAGCUGGUUUCUUUACGAAACAGAUAACAUCAAUAAUUGUGCGCGUUAUAAACUAUGUGGUGCAAAUGGCAUCUGUAGCAUUAACAACUCUCCCGUGUGUGAUUGCCUAAGUGGAUUUGUACCCAAAGUUCCAAGAGACUGGGAGAGGACAGAUUGGUCAAGUGUUUGCAUCAGAAAGACUGCACUGAACUGUUCAGGAGAUGGGUUUCGAAAAGUCUCAGGUGUGAAGUUGCCGGAGACAAGGCAAUCAUGGUUUAACAAGAGUAUGAGCCUGGAGGAGUGCAGGAACACGUGUUUGAAGAACUGCAGCUGUACUGCGUAUGCAAACAUGGACGUCAGGAAUGGAGGAAGUGGGUGCUUGCUUUGGUUCAAUGAUCUGAUCGAUAUUUUGUUUCAAGAUGAGAAAGACACCAUUUUUAUACGGAUGGCUGCAUCAGAACUAGGUAUGAAUUUAUCAUCUGAUGGUAUCUAUUACUUGGAUUUUAGUCACUUCUAG